ACCCAAGUGUCCCACACCGCCACCUGCUGGCGAGAAGCUUAAUUUUUUCCUGCACAUCAGGGCGACCCAACCCUUUGACGAGAGAGAGAGAGAGAGAGGAGGGAUUCAAGCGAACUCAAGGGGAACGAAAUCCAGACAGCAUCCAUCCACAAACGAAGGAGCGACCAGCCCCAUUCAAACCUUCAUGGGCUUACUGUGGCUGCACUCCUUGAUACAGUCGACUCUGUUUGGAAAUGAGGUGCUGGGUGAGCCGAGAAUGACGAGCUCAGGGGCUUCGUACCAACAGCUGGUCCGGCAGGUAGAGGCGCUGAGGAAGGAGAACACUCACCUCCGGAGGGAGCUAGAGGACAACUCCAGCCACCUGUCCAAGCUGGAGAAUGAGACCUCUGACAUGAAGGAGAUUUUGAAGCAGCUGCAAUGCAAACUCGAGCAGGAGGCACGCACCCUGGCCUCCUCCGGGAGAACAGAUGUCCUGGACCAGCUCAAAGAGCUGCACAUGGACUUGACAAACUACUACGAACUGAAGUAUCAACCCCACAACCUGCGUGUGGCCCCGGAGGCCCCACAACACUGCGGCGAGGGGGGCAGCAGGCUCGCACCCCCGGGCUCUGCUUCGGACCCCCGAGCAGGAGAGGAGAGCCCCCUGCACAGCACGGCCAGGCAGGGGCCCUCGCUGCAGGGGGAGGCAGGAGCACAGCUCCUCGGGUCUCCACACAGCUUAGAGAAGGGAGCAGCCCCCGGGGACGGCCGGGUCACUGUGCUGCAGCUGGAGCAGCUUGACAAGGAGAGGACCCUCUUGCUGGGUGAGAUUGAGAAGGAAGAGAAGGAGAGGCGCUGGUACUACAUUCAGCUGCAGGGCCUGUCCAAGCGUCUGUCUGAGCUGCCUCGCAUCGACACGUUCUCCGUGCAGAUGGACCUGAUCCGACAGCAGCUGGAGUUUGAGGCUCAGCAGCUGCGCUCAGUCAUGGAGGAACGCUUCGGCACUGGUGAUGAAAUGGUGCAGCGCACACAGAUCCGGGUGGCCCGUCUGGAGCAGCUGGACAAGGAGCUGCAAGAGGCCCAGGACAACAUCCAGCACUGGGACCCCCAGAUCCAUGCCUGUGGGAAACCAGUGCUCCCAGACUCUGAGAGCACAGCGAAUAACGGUGUUUCAGAAGCACCGAGCGACACGGGAAGCAAAGUGGAGAUGGUGUUCUGGAUGCUGUCCAUGCUGGCCUCGCGGGACCGGGAGGAGAUGUCCCGCACCCUGCUGACCAUGUCCAGCUCCCAGGAGAGCUGCUUGGCCAUGCGAAAGUCCGGCUGCGUGCCCCUGCUGGUGCAGAUCCUGCACGACGGGGCCGGGGCGGGACCGGGGGCAGGAGGCUGCAGCAGAGAGGCUCGCAACCGCGCCAGCGCUGCCCUGCACAACAUGGUGUACUGCCAGCAGGACGAGGGCCAGGCGCGCAGAGAGAUGAGGGUGCUGCAUGUGCUGGAGCAGAUCCGCGCACACUGUGAGGGGGGCUGGGACUGGCUGGAGGCACAGCGCAACACCGCCGUCCUGGAGGGCAAGAACAGUAGCACAGCCCUCCCUGACCCUGUGGAGCCGCACAUCUGCCAGGCCAUGUGUGCGGUGAUGAAGCUGUCCUUCGAGGAGGAGUACCGCAGAGCCAUGAACGAGCUGGGUGGGCUGCAGGCAGUGGCUGACCUCACUCAGCUGGACUAUGAGCUGUAUGGUAUGAACAGCGACCCUCUGAACAUGGCACUGCGGCGCUACGCUGGCAUGGCACUCACCAAUCUCACCUUCGGGGACGUGGUCAACAAGGCUAUGCUGUGCUCGAAGAAAGGCUGUCUGCAGGCGAUCGUGGCCCAGCUGGCUUCAGACAGUGAGGAGCAGCACCAGGUUGUCUCCAGUAUCCUGCGGAACCUGUCGUGGCGGGCGGACAUCAACAGCAAGAAGGUCUUACGGGAGGUGGGCAGUGUGGCCGCGCUGAUGACCUGCGCCCUGCAGGCAACCAAGGAAUCGACCCUGAAGAGCCUGUUGAGUGCCCUGUGGAACCUGUCUGCCCACAGCACGGAGAACAAGGUGUCCAUCUGCUCUGUGGACGGGGCCUUGGGCUUCCUGGUCAGCACGCUCACCUACAAGUGCCAGAGCAACUCUCUGGCUAUCAUUGAAAGCGGUGGAGGGAUCUUAAGGAACGUCUCCAGCCUUGUAGCUACCCGGGAGGACUACCGGCAAAUCCUCCGAGACCACAACUGCCUACAGACCCUCCUGCAGCACCUGCGAUCCCACAGCCUUACCAUCGUGAGCAACGCCUGCGGCACUCUGUGGAACCUGUCUGCCCGGAGCCCCAAGGACCAGGAGCUGCUGUGGGACCUGGGGGCGGUUAGUAUGCUGCGCAACCUCAUCAACUCCAAGCACAAGAUGAUAGCCAUGGGCAGUGCCGCGGCUCUCAGGAACCUCCUCACCAACCGGCCGCUGAAGUACAAGGACGCCGCUGUCAUCUCGCCAGGCUCAUGCAUGCCCUCCCUCUACAUGAGGAAGCAGAAGGCUCUGGAGGCAGAGCUGGAUGCCAAACACUUGGCUGAGACCUUUGACAGCAUAGAGAAGCAGCAGAACUCCAAGCACCCCAGCAUCAACAAGCCCCUACGCCACAUCGAGAGCCUGUCUAAGGACUACGCCUCGGAUUCGGGCUGCUUUGACGAUGACGAGGCUCCUAAUAACUCCACCAGCUUGGACACCAGCAGCUUCUCUGCAAUCUCCAUGUUCCUCAACUCCUCCAACUUCCUCCAGAGUCAGCCUCGCAAGAAGGCAGGAGAACCUGAGAGGGAUACCAACUCCCAGCCAGAGGAAUGCAAGAAGAUCCAGCCAGAGGAUGACGAGGUCUCCCUGGCAGCAGAAAAGCUGGCCAAGAAGAUCUCCACCACAGUAGCCAAGAUUGACAAGCUGGUGGAGGACAUCACCAUGCACACAUCCUCAGAGGACAGCUUCAGUCUGAGCUCCGAGGAUCACUUUGUGGACUGGCAGUAUGGUUCAGACGAGCUCCACGAAGCCAGGGCCAAGUCCUGCUCCCCCUGCCGGCUGUCGGACACCAGCAGCUUUGCCAGGAGGGAGCGUCUCAGCAGGGCCCAUGCCCUCCUGCGCCUCAAGACUGCCUACACCAGUCUGUCCACGGACAGUCUGAACAGCGGCAGCACCAGCGACAGUUACUGUGGCAGCAAGGACCAGGUCAGGCCCUCGGCAAGGUCGGCCACCAUCCAGAGACGGCCCACCAGGCUGGAUCUGAAGGUGGCCCAGCAAGACUACCCGGAGAAAAGCAGCCAGAGCCACAAGGAUGCAGAGGAAAGGGCAGUUGAGGGGAAGAGAAACAUGGCCGUGCCAAACCAAAGCAGCACAGAGAAAUGCCAAGAACCACCUCCACCGACACCAGCUACCCUGACAUCAAAUACCUCUGAAGCCAGUGUGCCAACCAUCAAAUAUUCACCAUCCUACCAGCAUGUCCCCCUGAUACAGAGCGUAUCUAAGUUUGGGGUUUCCAGAAAUCCAGUGAGCCCCCAUGCACCCCAAGGACCAAGAAAACAAGCCUGGCUCCCAACUGUAGCAAACAGCACAAACUUAGGCAAGCUGUCCUCCAUGGGAUCAGCCCGCAGCCCAACCCUGGCCCAGCUGGAAACUGUGCAGAAGUACUCAGUGGAGAACACUCCUAUCUGCUUCUCUCGCUGCAGCUCCUUGUCCUCUCUCUCCUCUGGGGAUGGAGCUCUCGACGGGCAGAGCCACAGCGAGAACGAGCUGGACAGUGACUCCUCACUGGAGAUCAUUGAAGUGGAAGAAUGCGAACCGGAGAAGACAGAGGAAGACUGUUCUGAAGACCUCAGUGAAGACCGCCUGGAUCUCCCCGAGCAGAAGCAGUUCAUAAGCAGCAGCAGCAUCUCCUCCUCCCAGCCCAUCGAGAUCCCCUGCCCUGCCAAAAGGGAGAAAGUAUUCCUGCGGGAGGUCUCACCAGCCAGGCAUGAAGACAUGACCCCCUCCAGCUCCUCUGAGAACUACAUCCACGAAACCCCGCUGGUGAUGAGUCGCUGCAGCUCAGUGAGCUCGCUGGGGAGCUUUGAGUCACGAUCCAUCGACAGCUCCAUCCAGAGUGACCCGUGCAGCGAGAUGAUUAGUGGCACCAUCAGCCCCAGUGACCUACCUGACAGCCCUGGCCAGACCAUGCCGCCGAGCCGCAGCAAGACCCCCUGCUGCCUGGAUCCCAGUGGGCAGGAGAGGGAAGGAGGGCAAUGGGAGAGCAACCUCCGCAAAUUCAUGGAAAUCGCAGACUUCAAGGAGCGAUUCAAUUUGCCUCCAGACUUGGACACCAUGAUCUACUUCACUGUAGAGAAGCCCACCGAGAACUUCUCUUGUGCCUCCAGCCUGAGUGCUCUGCCGCUCCAUGAGCACUAUAUCCAAAAGGAUGUGGAGCUCAAGCUCAUGCCUCUGCUCCCAGCUCAGGAGAGCCUCAACUUUACAGAAAACCAGUUAGAAAGGGAGGAGGCUUGGGAGAAGCGUUCCCUACUGGGGCUGGAGAAGUCUACAGAGAGAUACGGAGAGGGCAACUCCGAUGACGACAUUGAGAUUCUGAAAGAGUGCAUUAACUCGGCCAUGCCUUCAAAGUUCAGGAAAGUCAAGACCACACUGAUGUCCAGUCUGUCCACCCAGGUCCUUAACUCCCAAGCCCGCAAGUCCAUGCAGCUACCCGUUUAUAUGCUGGUGCCUACUCACACCACUCAGAUUGCUUCUGGGAAGAACGGCAGACUUGAUCAAGAUUUCCUCCAAGAUGAUUCCUCGUUUACAGAUUCAGCCGAGGGAACACCAGUAAAUUUCUCCAGUGCUGCAUCCCUGAGCGAUGAAACCCUUCAGUAUCCCCUGAAGGAUGAGCAAGUCUUAAAAGACCAACGGGUCAGGAGAAUGGAAAGACAGGUUCUGAUUCCAGUGAAAGGGAAAAGCAUGGAUGAUCCCCAUUCGUUCUCCCACUUAUUGAAAUCCACCAGUAUGGCUGGCCAAGGUGAUGUGGCAGGUAACGAGUCAAACAAGGUUGUCAAGAGAGUGAUGCCAGCGCAGGGAAUGCCAGUGCAGAAUAAGAAUAUGACAGGUUCGCCGCACAGAAGCAGAGACCAAACCCCUGCCCACCUCUACCAAAGACGGGAACAAAGCCAGCCCAAGAACCUGCCCAACCUAAACCUUCCUGUCAGGAAGCAAACUGCAGAAGCAAAACAGAGCCAGACUCCGAAGCAGCUUGACAGGGAGUACAUCCAUGGAAACGUGGCAUUCCAGUCAAUGCGCCACACUACACCUACUGAGGAAGCCAUUUACUGCUUUUACGAUCAUGAUCUGAUGGAUGCAGAGAGGAAGGAUUGCAGGGUAACAAGUAGUGGGAAGAAGCACGGUAAGGAGGUUGGCCGAAGCAUUCCUGCACGGACCAUACCUGAGGCAGAUCUGCACCAGCACCAGUCAUUCCACCGGCAAAAAAGCAUGGUUAGUAAGGUCAAGCACAAUAUGAUCAUGGAUGAAACGCCUCCUUGCUACUCCCUGAGUUCCUCACUGAGCUCCUUGAGUGAUGUGGAUCUACAGGAACACGAAGGAAAAGUCCACCAAGUGUGGACCAAAACCAGGCGUCAGGGGGCUCUGAGCCGGGCCCGUGAUGCUGCCAAUGCUCACGUUAUAAAAAGCAGAGCUAUGAAUGAUGAGGACAGUUCACCUAGCUCCAUCAGCCUGGACUCAGACGAUGACUUGGUGCAGAGGUGCAUCACCUCAGCCAUGCCCAUGCACAGGAGACGGCACUCUGCUCGGAGAAGGAAAGCUGAGAGGAAGCAGAAGCUGAAGAGCAACCUGCAGAAAGCUAUGGAAGGCUGGAGCUCGGCUAGAGACCAGAGGAGUGACGAUGUGGUAUCUGACAAAGACUCGGACCUCAACAGCGUGGAGUGGAGAGCUAUCCAGGAAGGAGCCAACUCUAUUGUGAACAAGCUCCAAGCUGCCUCACUCACCAAAGAACCUUCUUCUGAAUCAGAGUCUGUCCUCUCCUUUAUGUCAGGACUGUCUGUGGGUUCCACCAUCCAGCUGACCCUGGAGAGUAGGGACAAGAAGGCUGCACAGAAAGACAGUAAGGAACAUGGCAAGAGCCCCAAAAUAGCAGACAGCAGAAAUUCCAGAACACAGCUAGACUUUGGCCAGCGUAAGCCAGUGCCUAACUUGCCUGUUGUUUUCCGGGGCCGGACGGUGAUCUAUAUGCCCACCACAAACAAGAACACUGCCAGCCCACAGAGGUCCACGCCAAAGAAGAUGUCACCCAAGACAUCACCUAAGACUGAAACUACAGUAAAAAAUCCCAACCUGGCCCAGCAAAGGUCUCUGAGCCUGCACAGACUAGGACGUCCCAGAGACAUGACCGAUCUCACAGUGCCGAAAAGGAGUGUAACACCCCCAGCCAGGAUGACGAAGGGGGGAUCUUCAGGGUCAUCCCAAAACUCAACACCAUCAAGACAGCCUCAAAAGAAGCUGACCUCCCCCACACAAGCUGGCAAACAGCUGCCAACCAAGCCUUUCAACCUCACCGCGGAGAGGAAAACUAACAGCACUGCAACCCCUCCCGCCCCCAAGACUAAUACAAACACAAAAUCACCAGUUCACAAAAAAACUCAGAAAUCCCCCGUCCGCAUCCCCUUUAUGCAGGCUUCAAGCAAGCAAACCGGACAGUCUAGGACUAUAUCUCCUUUCCUGAAUAACCAGCCCCCCAGUGGCCCUAGACCGACCACACAGCUGCCGGGAAAGAGGUUUCUGACCCCAAACAGACUGGAGCUGGUCCGAAUGUCCUCCACCCGUUCCAGUGGCAGCGAGUCUGACCGAUCUGGUUUCCUGAGGCAGCUGACCUUCAUCAAGGAGUCCCCUAGCCGUCUGAGGCAGAGGGGUGAGUUCCCUUCCUCAAGAUCAGUCCCCACGUCCCAGUGUGCCUCCCCCCGAAAAACCCAAACAACCUCACCGGCUGUGUUCCUCUGCUCCUCGCGCUGCCAAGAGCUGAAAGCAGGGGGACAAGGGCAGGGGAGCCAGAGGCAGGGCCAGCCACUCUCCAGAGCCAGCUCCGGGGACAAACACCCAGCUGGGAAACAUCCGGCCAGGAGAACCAGUUCUGAGAGCCCCUCUAGGGUCCCCCAGAAGAAAGCCCUCGGAUCCUGUCAACAAGAGAGAGAGACCUUCAAGAGGCACGCUUCCUCUCCUCACAUCAACGUGCUUAAGAGGGCCACCAGCCCCUCCUCUAUUCUGUCCUCUUCCUCUGACUCCAGUGGGAAGGCAAAGAGCGAGGAGGACAGAAAGACAAGGCAGCAGAGACAAAUGCAGCAGCAGCAGGGGUCUCCGCGGGAGAACGGCAAAGUCACCUGGAGGAGGAUCCGGGAUGAAGAUGUACCCCAUAUCCUGAAGUGCACGCUUCCUUCCACCGCUCUGCCUCUUUUGCCAUCCCCCGACGGGCACAAGCAGAUGCCACCGCCGCACGGGAAACUGCCCACUGUGUCGAAGCCGUCCAGGAAAACGAGUGACGCCACCGUGCAGACAGAGAACCUCUGCAUCACCAAAACCAACUCCAGCACCUCGCCCAGCAUGGAAAAGGCCCUGCCGAUCACAGAAGAGGCCACCAAGAGUGUCCCCUACAGGAAGAUCAGCACGGCUUCUGGAGGGAGCAUACCCAUUCUGGAGGGGGAGCUGGCUGAGUUUAAGAACCAAAACACCAUCACCUCCUCUUCCUCCAACCCGGGAGAUGGGCACACAGGAGGAGUUGGGCACUUCCGACAGAGCUCUCCCAGCAGAGCGGUCAGGGUCACCCCUUUCAACUACAUCCCCAGUCCCAUAGCAUGCGGGUCGCAGAGUAUCCAGAUCCGUGUGCCAACGCUCAACGAAAAGCCAGGAGAGAAGCUGGAAGCUUAAAAUGCAAAAGGCGUCUUACUGCCAAACCACAUCCGUCCUUGAAAUAACUGCUUAGGUACGAAUUGUGCUGCUCAGGUUGGCUUGCAGGGAAGAUGCAGGAGCAGCAAUCAAGGUUCUUUGAAUGAACCCCUUUUCCUCUGGAACUGUCCGUGUCUGGUAGCUCCAGUGUGCCUCCCCGCCCCCUGCGCGCAUCAGGAAUACUUAUACUGCACACUAGUCCCUUUCAAACCGCUGUAAUUAAUGUAAACCACCACAAAUCUGUACAAAACUUGGUGCUGUAGAAGGUAGACUCUGGAUACUUUGCAGACUUUUGACAUGAUAUUGUUUGUGCUUAGUUCUGGGCAGACAACUGGGUCAGAAAAUAGGUUCGGGAAACCUAUUCUGAAAUCUGCUGAAGAGAGAUGCGGUUUAAGGUGCACCUUUUUUGUACUUUUUAUACUUGUAAGUAAGACUUUACCAGUUAGCAGUGUUGAGUAAUUAAAAAAAAAAAAAAAAACAGAUAGAAUGUUUGAGCUAUGCAGGUAUGAGGAUUUUUACAUGGUUUGUGCAGUUAAUGUGAACAGUGCCACACUGAACCAAUGCUGGAAUUUGCACAUUGACAGAGCUCUUAGAUGUAUUCAGAGACUGUUCUCCUCCAAACAGCACCUCUCUAUAGUCAAGAUCUAAACUGGAUUUCAUUUUUUUGGUUGGAAGGAGGUUUUGAAAUGAAUGCGGAUUGGAAAUGCGACUGUUACAUUUUGCAAAAGGAUGCCUUUUAAAGGGUACAUAAGGACCUUUUUAUUUUAUUGUGUUACAUGUUCCCAUGUGUUGCUACAACUGUUUACGUAAGGUGUGUGUGUUUUAAUU